AUGUCUACCACGACAAAAUAUAUGGCGACAAUAGCAAAAACGUGCAGAUUUAAACCUGUGGCUAUGGGCAUAUGGCAUUCUAUCUGCCGGUGUCCUGCCCGCUUGUCCCAGGCUGAAGUUGCACCUAUACCUAAUGAUACUUGUGGUCAUUUCUACCUGUUGUGUUUAUUCAGGAGCCUUGAGUACAAUGUUAAGACGAUAAAUGAGGACAGUAUCAGUCCAUUUACUGUGGAAUUCCAUGGCCCCAAAGAAAGUAUCUAUGAAGGUGGUGUGUGGAAAGUGAGAGUUGAGCUUCCAGAUGAUUAUCCGUUCAAGUCUCCUUCCGUUGGAUUUAUGAACAAGAUAUUCCACCCAAAUAUCGAUUACCCGUGA